AUUCCUACCGCUUUCCAAGCGACCUCUCCAGUCUCCGGUCCAACUCCCUGCCCGCAACGAAACAAAACCCACCGCCGCUCCAUCGUACGGGCGCUCGCCUGCGCCGCGCGGAGGAGAGCCACGAAGAUGGCGGACACCAUCCUCCACGGCGCGGUCGUCGUCACCAUGGACGGCGAGCUCCGCGUCCUCCGCGACGGCGCCGUCGCCGUCGCCGGCGACCGCAUCGCCGCCGUGGGCCCCGCCGCCGACGUCCUCGCCGCCUUCCCCAGCGCCGCGCGGACCCUCGACCUCGGCGGCCGCAUCGUCCUCCCAGGGUUCGUGAACACGCACGUGCACACGUCGCAGCAGCUGGCGCGGGGGAUCGCCGACGACGUCGACCUGAUGACGUGGCUGCACGGGAGGAUCUGGCCCUACGAGUCACACAUGACGGAGGAGGACUCCUACGCCUCCACCCUCCUCUGCGGCAUUGAGCUCAUCCGCUCCGGGGUAACAUGCUUUGCUGAAGCAGGUGGGCAGUUUGUUUCCGAAAUGGCUCGGGCAGUGGAAUUGUUAGGUUUGCGGGCAUGUUUGACAAAGUCAACGAUGGAUUGUGGUGAGGGUUUGCCUACAAAUUGGAGUUCUUGCUCCACUGACGAUUGCAUUCAGUCACAGAAGGAACUAUAUGAAAAGCAUCAUAAUACAGCUGAUGGGCGUAUCAGGAUAUGGUUUGGGUUGAGGCAGAUCAUGAAUGCAACAGAUCGUUUACUGCUUGAAACAAGAGAUGUUGCCCAGAAGCUAAAUACUGGAAUCCAUAUGCAUAUUGCAGAAAUACCAUAUGAAAAUCAACUUAUAGUGCGGACCAAAGGAAUUGAUCAUGGCACGGUGACAUAUUUAGAGAAAAUUGAUUUUCUGAGGAGUAAUUUGUUGGCGGCCCACUCUGUCUGGUUGAAUGAACCUGAGAUAGGGCAUUUUUCAAAGGCUGGCGUCAAGGUUUCUCACUGCCCUGCGUCUGCGAUGCGGAUGUUGGGUUUUGCUCCUAUUAGAGAAAUGCUGGAUUCUGGUGUUUGUGUCUCCCUUGGUACUGAUGGAGCACCAAGCAAUAACAGAAUGAGCAUUGUGGAUGAGAUGUACCUAGCGUCUCUAAUUAACAAAGGACGUGAGGCAUACAUCAGCGGAACAACUAACCCAACUGCUCUUCCUUCUGAGACUGUACUGAAGAUGGCUACUAUUAAUGGCGCGAAAGCAGUUCUAUGGGAUAAUGAAAUAGGUUCGCUGGAGGUCGGGAAAAAGGCGGACUUGGUUGUAGUGAAUCCAUUUACAUGGUCCAUGGUUCCCUUACAUGACAGCAUUGCCAACAUUGUCUAUUGUAUGAGGACGGAGAAUAUAGAGUCUGUUAUGUGCAAUGGUCAGUGGAUUAUGAAGGAUCAUAAAAUCAUGAAUCUCAAUGAGGAGGAGGUAAUUUCUUCAGCUGUGCAAAGAGCGAACGACCUCCUUGCGCGAGCUGGCAUCAAUCUCCCCAAACGGAUGAACUACGUGUAGUUAUUGCCUUGCCAGUUCGUCAUGCACUGCCACGACACCCUUUGCGGUGUUGCAGAUGAUGCACGCUCGCCCAAAGGAUAGAAGACAUGUUUACAGGACUGUUGGCGUCACAGUACUGAGUUGAAAAUAAUGUGCCGUAGCAUAGGUUUCUGGAAGGAAUAAGAGCAUCAUGAAAGUCUCGACUCAUAACAACUGUAAAGAAUCAAACUAUGAUAAAAAUAGUUCAUUUGACUAUUUUGGGCUAA